GCACAAAACAUUUUAACAAAACCGUGCAGCUUGUCCUUUGAGCUUCCCGUAGUAGGCAUAGAAUAAACAUGGCGGCGGCCUUGGUGAGGAAGGUCCCCGGCCUGUUGAGACCUCUGAUGACCUGCGCCAGGGCAGCCAAGAUUGGACAGUUUUCUACCCUAACGCGAACCCAGACAUCUCCGAUAUUUGCUGCUGCUACUAUCAGGGCUUCUCCGGCUCUUCAUUCAUGUCUCCCAACCCAAGGUGGCAUUUUGCAACGUGUCACACCUCUGCUUCCUAGUUUGGGUCUGCAGCCAUGCCGAACCCUGACCUACUUUGGGCUACGUAAGGGAAAGAAGAAGACCGUGAGGUCCGUGGUGAAGCGGUUCCUGAGGCUCCAUUGUGGUCUCUGGGUCAGACGGCAGGCUGGAUACAAGAAGAAACUAUGGAAGAAGAUGCCUGCCAGACGGUACAGAUUGAGGCAGCAUGUGUUCUGUAACAAGACGCAGAGCAAGAUGCUGGAUAAAAUGACCGGUCCAUUCUGGAAGAGAAGAAACUGGUACCUUGAUGAUCCCUACUUUAAAUACCAUGAUCGUGUCAACCUGAAAGUAUAAAUCCUGUGUGUAUAUUGUCUUUGAUUAUGGUGUAAUAAAGUUAUUGUAUGAAAGAAGGAAA